GUCGGUGUUUUCUCAUCUCUAGCACAGCGUUUUAAGAAUCAGGUGUUUUUGUUUACUAUUUUUUCCACUAGUUGAAUGGCAGUUUAACGAAAUAUAUAUAUUAAUCUACCGAAAUCGCCAAUUUAAUUGAGUGUUUUGGUGUUUAAUGUAUUAAAAGUUGACACAAGCCAGCUUUUUCUUGGCAUCUCUUUCCGAUAUAUUAGUAAACUUACAAAAUUACACGUCGGUUACUUGAAUCAGUUGGAUAAACUGGGAGAAAUGGAGGGUUCGGAACUCACAUUCCCGAAGGACGGCCAGGCAUCCCGUUCACAGUUCAACAACCAAGUCAUCAUCAAAAAGGAAAUUGAAGAAUUUGAGCGUGCCGAAGGGGAGGAUUCAACUACAGACGGAUUCCUAACACAAGUAAAGACAGAAAUCAUGAAAGAGGAGGAUUCACCGGAAAGCGGUGGGAUUCACACUUACCAAUCGGUUGAUCCUGUCAAAAACGAAUUCUUCGAAGAGGAGGUACAAGGAUCAGGGGCUACGUAUACUUACCAGUACAUCGAUAAUGAAGAGAGUGAAGUCACGGAGGAACAUGUACCAGAGGAAGAGCCAGAUCCAUUUAGUGACCUGGUCCCGUGUCAAGUAAAAAACGAACCCAUCGAUGAAGAACCCGAGUCAGACGACGAAAUCGAUCAAUUUGAUUGCCAUGUGAAAAGCGAGGAGAUGGACGAUGACUUACUUGAAGAUGAGGAGGAUCAUAAUGAUGUCGACAAGCCACAGGAAAGCGAGAAAGAUGAGGAUAAGUAUGCGAAUCUCCCGCACAAGUGUCCCCAUUGUCCGAAGGGAUUCCGGCUCUUGGCUCAGCUCAAAAUCCACAUCCGAGGUCACACCGGCGACAGUCCACACAAGUGUAAAAACUGCUCCAAGACUUUCGGAACGGCUGCUCACCUUAACAGGCACUGUCGAUCCCACACCGGAGAACGACCCUUCGAGUGCACCCACUGUCAGAAGGCCUUCACAGCUCUGUAUCAUCUCAAGGUGCAUCUGCGCACCCACACGGGCGAGCGGCCGUACCAGUGCCCCCACUGCCCAAAGACUUGUAUAGUGAAGGAUAACCUCCGGAACCAUAUCCGCACCCAUUUCGAGGAGAGACCGUUCCAGUGUCCGCAAUGCCCGAAAGCCUUCAAGGUGAAGCACAACCUCAAAAUGCAUAUACGAACCCACUCGGGCGAGAAGCCGUUCAGUUGUCCCCACUGCUCCAAGGCCUUCACAGGUGAACCGUAUCUCAAAGUUCACAUUCGGACGCAUACGGGCGAAAAGCCGUACAGUUGUUCCCUCUGCCCUAAGUCGUUCAUCAACAGGCAGUGCCUGCAGGUCCAUUUCCGCACCCACUCCGGCGAGCGUCCGUACAAGUGCACCCACUGUCCCAAAUCCUUUGCCAAACACUCCGGGCUAACCGAGCAUGUCCGGAUCCACACGGGUGAACGACCGUACGACUGUUCCGCCUGCCCCAAGGCAUUCAUAACCAACCAGGAUCUGAAGCGGCACAUGAGAAUGCACACGGGAGAGCGCCCCUUCAAGUGUACCCUCUGUCCCAGUUCGUAUACCCAAAACUACUCCCUUCAGGCGCAUAUGCGAACGCACUCGGGAGAAAGGCCUUACAAGUGCACCGAGUGCCCCAAGGAUUUCCAGUACCAAACCAGUCUGGAGUGCCACAUGCAGACCCACUUUGGAGUAAGACCCUACCAGUGCACUGAGUGCACAAAGACCUUCGUAACGAGCUCAAAUCUGGCGCGGCACGUCAAGAAUGCGCACUGGACCUGAGUCACUU